AUGGGGUUUUCAGUCAGACCCGAGCCACCCGCGCUACCCCCGUGGUUCGACGAACUUGUUAAGCGUCUUUCCAACCAGAACGAGGCCGCUUUGAAAGAACAAGCUGCCGCCCAGAACGCACGCAUGCAGCAGCUUGAAGACUUGCUUGUUGAGCGUCUUGCCAAUCAGAACCGAACCGCUUUGCAAGAACAAGCCGCCGCCAAUGCCGAGGCGUCGCAACAACUCGUUGCCGCCCUGAAUGCACGCGUGGAGAAGCUAGAAGCCCUGCUUCAGCGCCAACAGACAGUCCACAGAGCCGCCUCCGCUGCCCAUGCACACCCCGACGUGACAGACGGCCCCCCACAGCAGCACGCCGCUGCCGACCUCCCUGCCGCUGCUGACCUCCCUGCCGCUGCUGACCUCCCUGCCGCUGCUGACCUCCCUGCCGCUGCUGACCUCCCUGCCGCUGCUGACCUCCCUGCCGCUGCUGACCUUCCUGCCUCUGCUGGAGGUCAGGUCCCACUUCCGCCUCGUCGCCCCCGCGCAUGUCUACCGGACCCUCCUCUCUUCGGGGGCCGGCGCUCCGAUUGGCGUACCUGGCGCAUCACGAUGGAAAUUAAACUGGAAGUUGACAGGGCUGCCCUCGGCGGCCCCAAGGUGCAGCUCUGCUACGUCUUCGCCCACCUGAAGAAUGAUGCUUUGAAAAGCGUGGCGACGCUCGUUCGCGAGAACCGUGACACAUGGGGCCCGCUGGAUCUCAUCCUGUACCUCGAGCGUAUCUACGGCGAGCCGGACUUCACUGCCCGGGCCGUCCAACGCCUCCUAAGCCUCCGCCAGGGCGAAGAAGUACCCUUCCCGGAAUUCCUGCCGACACUCGAGUGUCAAUUUGCGGAUGCUGGUGCCAUGGAUUGGCCUAAUAAUGCCAAACGAGCGAUACUCCUCAACAUGCUGAAUAGCACGAUGAAGACCGCACUUGUGCAGCGAGGUAUUCCGGACUCGUUCCGUGACAUAAUCACCAGCCUCAGGCAGAUAGAUACUGACAUGGAGCUGUUGGGCUUGGACAAGCCACGUACGCCCCUCCCCAGUACCGGGGGAGAUGAUACCGCAGCUGAGGAGGUGCACAACCCGCUGAAUUGGACAUCCAGGAACGGGAGUGUCACUGCUGCGAGGCCCCAAGGUAUUACCAGCAAGGAUGGAUACCCUUCCACGCGCCCCGAAGAUCGGGACCUUGUUGGGAAGAGGGCCAAGUGGGUUCCCAAGGAAGUGAUUGACCAACGGCGCGCCGAAGGCCGCUGCCUGCGCUGUGGGCGUGACGGCUGCUGGCUGAACCAAUGCCCUCUGAAGGUCGCCCGUGACCCGGCUCGUUAG